GCAGCAACCCGCACGAACAAUGCAAAAACAUUCCAUGAGUAUUCUCGCAUAUCCAACCUACAGCAGAGAUGGUGCACUCUUCGAGGUCAACUUGAGAUUAAAACAAGCAACAAACUUGAAAUACCCAUGGACCAAGUGGAACCUGCUAGCGAAAUUGUGAAAAGAUUUGUUACUGGCAAGUCUUUCAUUA